GGGCCCGCCAGGGCAGGGAGGGGGAGUCGUGGAAUGGCGGACGGGCGGGCCGGCCCGCCCUGGUGGUAGUGAGACCGGGGGCGCGGAGGGGACAGCCGCGGACAGGAACAGUGCCUGAAGCAGGUCCACCAUGCCGUUAGUAACGAGGAACAUUGAGCCAAGGCACCUGUGCCGUCAGACGUUGCCUAGCGUUCCGAGCGAGCUGGAAUGCGUGACCAACAUCACCCUGGCAAAUGUCAUUCGACAGCUGGGCAGCCUGAGUAAAUCUGCAGAAGACAUAUUUGGAGAGCUGUUUACUCAAGCCAACACCUUUGCCUCUCGGGUGAGCAUUCUGGUCGAGAGAGUUGACCGCUUGCAAGUCAAAGUCACUCAGCUGGAUCCCAAAGAGGAGGAAGUCUCCUUGCAAGGCAUUAACACAAGGAAGGCCUUCAAAAGCUCCACCACUCAGGACCAGAAGCUCUUUGACAGAGAUUCUCUCCCUGUGCCUGUUCUCGAAACCUACAAGACCUGCAAUACCCCUCCACCUCUCAACAUCCUCUCACCUUACAGGGAUGAUGGCAAGGAGGCACUUAAAUUCUACACAGAUCCUUCAUAUUUCUUCGACCUUUGGAAGGAGAAAAUGCUUCAGGACACCAAGGAUAUCAUGAAGGAAAAGCGGAAACAUAGGAAAGAGAAAAAGGAGAAUCCAAACAGAGGAAAUGUGAAUCCACGGAAAAUCAAAACCCGGAAGGAGGAGUGGGAGAAGCUGAAAAUGGGACAAGAAUUUGUCGAGUCAAAGGACAAGCAUGGUCCUGCUGGGUACCCCUCCAACAUGGUGUAUCAGAACGGCAGCAUCGGCUCCAGCGAGAGCAUGGAUGGGAACUGCUACCCGCCACCACCACAGACUGACUCUAUUGUGCCACCACCUCCCUCGUUCCCAGAUGACAGCCUGCCUCCACCCCCACUGGAAUUUAGUUAUCCUGUAGACAACCAGAGGGGUUCUGGUUCCGGAGGGCCCAAACGAUCCAGCCUGGUUAGCCCGAGCCACCCACCGCCAGCUCCUCCCAUCGGAUCCCCCUUGGCAGCCAGGCCGGGCUUUGCUCCCCCUCCAGCUCCUCCUCCACCACCACCCUCCACCUCCAAGCCCAAGUCGUCCUUGCCUGCGGUCAGCGAUGCCAGGAGCGAUCUGCUUUCGGCUAUUCGGCAAGGCUUCCAGCUGCGCAAGGUGGAGGAGCAGCGGGAGCAGGAGAAGAGGGAUGUUGUGGGGAACGACGUGGCCACCAUCCUGUCACGCCGCAUCGCCGUGGAGUACAGCGACUCCGAGGACGACUCCUCCGAGUUCGACGAGGAUGAAUGGUCGGAUUAGCCACGCUCCCAUCCCCUCCUUUCCCUUCUCUCCUGGGUUCGCUUCUUACAGAAUCAGGUGGCCAAACCUUGCACCACAUCCUUUUUAUCCUGUAACCAAAGAUGUGCCAAGGGUUUUCAGACAACCAGCAGCAUAUCUCCCCUCUCCCUCCCCCUCCAGCUUUGGCAGGACUUUGUGCUCUGCCUUUCCAAAAAGUCUCCUGGUGGACACUGAGGAUGCGGCGCUGGGAUUUAGCUGGAGGGGGUGUAACGGUUGCUUAUUUAAAAGAGAGCUAAACCUCCAGAUUUUUGAUGCCACCAGGCAGAACACAUAUAAACCCUCCAUCCUGAGGGAUUUUUAAAGUAAAGAUGGAUGAUCCUGUUGUGGCCGUGUGGCCUUUUGGAUGAAGGACAUUUUCAGCUGGUUUUCUCAGUGCAACAGCAGACAGUUGAUCUGAUGGCUCUUCCUUGCCAGUGAAUACUGGUAGUGCUGCAAGAAAAUGGGCUUUAAAUGUCAGUUCUCUGCUGCAUCCCACUGUCAAAUAAUCAGGUUUUUGGCAAUUUUUUCCCCCCUGACCCCUGAGUAUUAAUUCCAGAUCACCCUGUGUGGGGUGCACUUCCCAGCUUCCAGGCUGCAGAGUGCCUUGGGUGCAGCGUUGGGAGGGACUGAUUUUAUUUUAGGAGCUGCCUUUACCUUCCUCAGAUGUCCUGGACUGCUUUGCCAAGGGGAGACUUGCACAGAGGGAUGUAAGACGAGGGCAGGAUGCUUGCUCAGCUUCCACUCUUGGGAAAGCAGAGCCUCUGUCCCACUGAGACACAUCUGUGCUCAGCUCUGAGCGGUGGCCAGACCUCGCCGGCUGAUUUUCUCCAGUUCAUGCUGAGAUUGUGUUUUCAAUUCCAAAUCCAGUGCCUACGACAAGGGAGAUGGCUUGGGGCGGGUUCUCUGAACACCAGGCAGUGUGGUGGUCUUUGGCCUGCCAGGGCAGUUUGAGAGGUGCUGUUUUUAGCAGGGUGACUGUACUUUUAACACGAGGACUUAAAUGCUGGUAUUGCCUUUGCUUCUUCUCCCUUCCCCCUAGGGAGGGGAGUUCAUGUGCCUAAAAACAUCGUGUGUGUGAACCGAGUUGCCCAUCAGUUACAUCAGACCUAACCUACCCUAAUUUUGUUAUUAUAAUUCAUUAGUUAAUUUUAAGAGAACAUUUUUUCUCCUCACUAACCCUGUGAAUUAAUUCCCAGGCUGCUCACUAUAGAUCCAGUACUGGCAGGGGAAAAUGGGGAAUUUGAACUAGCUGACCUCGGUUUUAUUGCUGUUUUAUGUUACCUUACAUAGAAUAUGAGCAUAUCUUGGAAAUCUAA